UGCCCCGCCCGUCAACCAAUCAGGAAACGGCUCCGAGGGAGAGCGCGAGGUUUCCUUCCCCGCGCACCCGUUCUCACCGUUAAACGGCCGCGUCUCGCGACAAUCCCAAAGUGACCUUUUUUUUUUUUUUUUUAACCCCCCCUUCAGGAGUUCAGCUCAAGCUGGGGGCGGCGGGAGGGGGCAGGGCUGCCGAGGGCCGUGUAAGGGACAAAAACGCACCUUCCCCAGCCUCGCGCGCACCACCUCCCGCCGGCUGCGCGCGCACCUGCCUCCCCGAGGCGCCGCUGUCCCCUCUAGGGCUCUUACUGAGCCUAACAAGUAGCCUGGACGUUACCCCGCCUCAACCUGGACCCCCCCACCUUCCUGCUCUGUCCCUUCCGUCCCCAGCACCGCCAGCCCUGGAGGCGGGAAGGGGCAAAUUAUUUGCGUUGCCGCUUCUCCUUUAAGAAAAAAAGGCCCCGUCGGUUGCCGGAUGAAAGUCUUCUGAAAAAAAAUGGCGGCGACAGGAUAGAGGCGGGGCUAAAGGGACAGCGCGGGCUAGUCCUGAGACGCAUGCGCGGGGGCCCAACCUAGCCAACGGCAUCCUGGGAGAUAGAGUCCUAUUUACUCAGUGCUUCCAGGGAAAAGACGGGGAAACUAGAGGCCGAGAGAAGGCUGGGAGUUUUUGACUGACUCACCACGGGAAAGAUGCCUUAUUGGAGGAACUGGAACGGUCCACCCUCCAGGACAGUGAUGAAUAUUCAAAUCCAGUUUCUUGUCCCCUGGAUCAGCAAUCUACACAGGAGAUUGUGCAAACUACAAAGACCUUGUCAUCUCAGGGUAAUACAAGUCCCUUGAAGGUGCAGCUCAUGUAUACAGCUAAUACCCAGGAGCCCAAUGUGUACAGUGAGGUCCAAGAGCCAAAAGAAUCAGUACCACCUCCUAAAACCUCAGCGGCAGCUCAGUUGGAUGAGCUCAUGGCCCACCUGAGUGCAAUGCAGGCCAAGGUUUCAGUGGAAGCAGAUGCCAGCAGGAAACACUUGCCCGACAAGCAGGAUCACAAGGUGUCCCUGGACUCAAUGCUUGGGGGUUUGGAACAGGAACUACAGGAUCUUGGGAUUGCCACAGUACCCAAGGGCCACUGUGCUUCCUGCAAGAAACCAAUUGCUGGGAAGGUGAUCCACGCUCUGGGGCAAUCCUGGCACCCAGAGCACUUUGUCUGCACUCACUGCAAGGAAGAGAUUGGCUCCAGCCCCUUCUUUGAACGGAGUGGCUUGGCCUACUGCUCCAAGGACUACCACCACCUGUUCUCUCCUCGCUGUGCCUACUGUGCUGCCCCCAUCAUGGAUAAAGUGCUGACAGCAAUGAACCAGACAUGGCACCCAGAGCACUUCUUCUGCUCUCACUGUGGAGAGGUGUUUGGUGCAGAAGGUUUUCAUGAGAAGGACAAGAAACCAUAUUGUCGAAAGGAUUUCUUAGCCAUGUUCUCACCCAAGUGUGGUGGCUGCAACCGCCCAGUGUUGGAAAACUACAUUUCAGCCAUGAACACUGUCUGGCACCCAGAGUGCUUUGUCUGUGGGGACUGCUUCAGUAGUUUUUCUUCUGGCUCCUUCUUUGAACUGGAUGGCCGUCCAUUCUGUGAACUCCAUUAUCAUCACCGCCGAGGGACCCUCUGCCAUGGCUGCGGGCAGCCCAUCACUGGCCGCUGCAUCAGUGCCAUGGGGCAUAAGUUUCAUCCUGAGCACUUUGUGUGUGCUUUCUGCCUGACACAGCUCUCGAAAGGCAUCUUCAAAGAGCAGAACAACACGACCUACUGUCAGCUCUGCUUCAACAAGCUUUUUUCACAGUAGUUCCCCUUUGACCCACAUCUACUUUAUAUUGCCUGUAAAACUGAGACCAAGACAGGAAAGAGCAUAAUUUCUGUCCCUGAUCUUCUGCUCAGUGGGCUAAUAGAGUACAAAUACAAAUGAUGAACAAAUAAGGGAAUUUCUAGAUGUUCCGAGGCUUAUAAUCUUAAUUUGAAGAUACUUCUCCUUAUUUUUAGUUAUGCAUUUGCAUUUAGACUUAGAUUAUGCUAUCAGGACCCUCUAAAGGUUUAUUUCUCUUGUGCACA